AUGGCAUCACCAUCUACCGGCUCCUCUCCAUGGCGCAGGAGGACCCAGUCGGUCAGCUCGCAGGACCGGGACUCCUCAACCCCUACUCCGGCCCUCCUGACCUCUCCUCGCUCUCCUCGAGCCAAACCACAAAAUAUCGGCGACGCACGCCUCCUGUCCACGUCGAGCUCAACCGCCCACAGAGAGCCCAUACGUUCCUUUAUCUCUGGCAGCGCCCGAGACAGCCCAGCGCCCAUCGACAGCGCACAGUACGCGAGAAGCCGUGCUAGCCCCAACUUCCUGUCCCGCCAGAGAUCCCAGUCCUCGCAGCAAAGAACUGAAGAUCUGCUUGUGGGUGAGGAUGACGAGGAUGACUCCCUCGCUGGCGGAACAGCAGACACUAUCCUAGAAGAGUCUGAGCCUCCCUCGCCUGAAGAGCUCUCCGAAGAUCCGCACGAAGAUGACGGGCCCUCGAUGCUCACAAAUAUGCUGAGGAGAUCACCCCCGGAGAGCUACAAGGACGUCUUUGUGCCCAAGGAUGCCCAGCCUUCACAGCAGGAACAGAUCGCGGCUCUGUCUCCCUCCUACAAUGGACGUCCAAGCUCGGCAAGACGAGACGACAGCAAAUUAUGGACGCCAAGUGAGGACAUAGCAACCGAGAACGACACGGAGAACACGCCUCUACUGCGCAACAGGUCGCAUGGGAGCUCAUAUCUCCAGCAUGGGAAUGGCUCUGCCGCCGGAGUCGACAUCGAGAGCCAGAAGCCACUUGAGUCGCGGAGCUGGCUGGCAGAGAGAGCGGGCCGUGCAAAGACGGGCCUGCAGGGUUUCGCAAAGGCAGCUCGUGAUCCCCGGUGUUGGGACGGCAAGGCGAUUCUGCACACCGUGGUUGUUGAUCCCGUCAAGACCCUGCCGGCAGUGAUUGUCGGUCUCAUCCUCAAUAUCUUGGAUGCCCUGUCGUACGGUAUGAUUCUCUUCCCGUUGGGCAAUCCCAUUUUUGCAAAUCUCGGGCCGGCCGGGAUUUCAAUCUUUUAUGUCAGUACGAUCGUGUCUCAGAUUGUCUUCUCAACGGGCAGCAUAUUCAAGGGAGGAGUGGGGUCCGAGCUCAUCGAGGUUGUCCCAUUCUUCCACAACAUGGCUUCCACCAUCACAGCGCUUGUCGGGGAAGACAACCCAGACGCAGUCAUCGCCACAACCAUCUUCUGCUUCUCUUUCAGUUCUCUCAUCACGGGUGCCGUUUUCUUCACCAUGGGCGCACUCAAACUUGGGGGCUUGGUCGGGUUCAUCCCUCGCCACAUCCUCAUCGGCUGCAUAGGUGGUGUCGGUUGGUUUCUUGUUCAGACCGGUUUUGAGGUGUCCGCGAGGCUUGAGGGAAGCUUUCACUAUGACUUGGACACCCUACGGCUGCUAUUCCGGGCCAACACUGUUCCCCUCUGGACGAUACCCCUUGGCCUCGCCAUAAUUCUGUACAUUCUCUCAAGCACCAACAAGCUCAAGGACAACCACUAUGUCCUCCCUGUCUUCAUCUGCUUGGAGCCUGCCAUCUUCUGGUUCUUUGUCGUGGUCCUCGACUCGCUCGAGCCUGAGCCACUGCGGCAAAAGGGCUGGAUCUUCGAGGCACCGCCUGCUGGUGAACCUUGGUGGUAUUUCUAUACACUGUUCAAGUUCAAUCUGAUCCACUGGGAAGCAGUGGCAGAAUGUAUACCAGCCAUGCUGGCUCUCACCUUCUUCGGCGUGCUGCACGUCCCCAUCAACGUCCCAGCCCUGGCUCUUCAAACCGGAGAAGACCACGCAAGCCUCGAUCGUAGCAUACAGAACUACCUGGUCUAUGCCAACAGUCAAUUUUUCAUCAAGUCUGGUGGUAACAAUCGGCUUGCUGGAUAUCUUUUGGCCCUGUUCACUGCCAUCGUUUUGGUCAUUGGCCCGGUGAUUAUUGGGUUUAUCCCGGUCAUGAUGGUAGGGACUCUUAUCUUCAUAUUGGGCUUCGAGCUGCUGCUAGAUGCGCUCUGGGACCCUAAAUCCAAACUGAACAUGCUCGAGUACUUGACGGUCGUCGUUAUAGUACUAGUGAUGGGCAUGUACGACUUUGUUAUUGGUAUUGGGGUCGGAGUUCUCUUGGCCUUUGCGUCGUUGAUCUUCCAGGCAUCAAGAGUCUCGGCCAUCCGCGCGACCUACUCGGGUGAGGUCGUUGGAUCCACCGUGCGAAGGAACCCGUCGCAGCAACACUACCUCCAGAAGGUCGGAAAUCAGGUCUUCCUGAUGAAGCUGUCAGGGUUCCUUUUCUUUGGCACAAUAGUCGGUGUCGAAGACAAGAUCCGCAAGCUCAUCGCUGAUGAGGAAUUCGCGAGACGGCCCAUCAAGUACCUGAUACUUGACCUCCAGCAAGUCACGGGUCUGGACUACUCGGCAAGCGAAGCCUUCAGCACUGUCAGCCGGUUGCUCGCGGCCAAGGAAAUCAUCCUCCUUCUUAGCGGUGUAGACACGGACAGCCCGAUAGGUCGGGACCUCCGCGCGGUGGGCUUGGGUACCAGCUCCAACGGCACGCAGGUCAUCUUCAGCCCGAGCCUCAAUUCGGCACUGGAGAACUGCGAGAACGAGCUCCUCCGGACGUUCUACACGAGCCAGGAGGCGUUCAAGUCGUCCAGGAACGCGGCAUUGUCGGGGCUGGACGUGCCGGUGGGGAAGAUCCUCGACGCGGACAACAACCACCUGAGCGACAACCUGCUCGGGAGCUCGCCGCGGCGCACCCACCUGCACAAGGCGGCACAGGAGUCGCUGACGCAGCGCGAGGUGGUACGGCUUUCGCGGUGGCAGAACUUUAAGGAGCCGCUGCGGUUGAUGCUGCAGAUCUUUCACGACCUCUCUGACCGCAACGAGGACUUUUGGGUGCGGGCCAAGGACUUUUUCGUCCGCAAAGAGUUCUACCGGGGCGACGUGCUGUUCCGGGCGGGCGAGCCGGCGGAGGGGUUCUACCUGGUGGAGAGCGGGAUCCUCAAGGCCGAGUACGACCUCCCGCAGGGGUGGCUGUACGAGAGCAUCGUGGCGGGCACGACGUGCGGCGAGCUGCCCUUCUUCUCGGAGACGAACCGCACGGCCAAGGUGACGGCGGAGCGGGACUGCGUUGUGUGGCUAAUGGACCGCGAGAACUGGGACAGACUGCAGAAGCGCGAGCCGGACGUUGCGCAGGAGCUCCUGAGGAUCGGGCUGAAGCUGACCAGCGAAAGGAUGAGCAGCAUCACGAGCUACGUGUUGACCAUGGCGGGAUAA